UCCUAGAGCAACCACAACCUUGUUGCAGAGUAUUACACCUGUAAAGGUGCGGAAGCUAGACAGUUGACCAGCCCUACUCACCAACCAAGAAGCAUUUUCCUAUCAUCAGUCUUGUGGGGUACUGCUCACAGUAUGCAAUACAUUUUGUAAAAUGCUCUGGAUCUUUGGAGUUAAGUACAAGUUGUUGAAACUAUAAAUGUUAAUUCUGUGAAUGUCAAAGGAAUCUCCUUUUUUCACCUGUGUAUGAACUUCUACUUAGAAACAGUUUAAAUAAAAGCAAAACUAAAACACAUUGGAAAAAAUUCCAUUUUCUCAGUGUUAUAAAAAAGACUGUAGUGAACAUCCUUAUACCUCUCUUAUGUCUGCAAUAGCUAAUUUUCUUAGAAUGAAUUGUUGGUUUGAACUUUAUACACAUUUUUAAGGCUUAUGAUUUCUUUCUGGGGGUCAGUUUAGAGUGUGUAUCAAUUUGAGUAAUCAGCAUUAUAUAAGAGUGCCUAUUUUCCUAUGCACUUUUUGUUCUUAAAAUUUCUUAUGUGAACUUUUUUCCUUGUUAAAUGAAGUAUGUACCAUCAAAAGUAUUUUGUACUUUUAAUCAAAAGUAGUGGCUUAACUAAGUAGUAUUGGCCAAGUGUUGGAUCUCAGUUUUUGAAUGAAGCCACUUUUUGAUUUGUUUAUUCAUUUACUCAGAACUCACUCACCUAUUUAGUUAUUUAUUUAUUUAUUGAGAACUUAGUGUGUGCCAAGCACUGGGGCUGUAUGAGGACACAAUACAGUGAUCACUGACCUUAAAGCAGUUCACAGUCUAGAGGGGAGAGAAGAGGUAACCGGUAUUCUACCUAACUUACUGUGUGCUGGGCACAGUAACAAGUAGUUUUCCUACAUUAACUGGUUGGUAAGAUCCUUUAGGAUUGAAGCAAGUCAUCGUGAGAGUCCUUCCUUUCUACCAAGAGCAGCAUGGGCAGAACCUCAGACUUUGUGCGAAUCCCGAAGGAGAGUCAUAUUGUUCUGAGGAGCACUAGCAUUGUUAGGUGGUUCCAGAAAGGUCUGAAGUCUGAGACAAGGUUGAUUUUCACAAAAGAUUUAGUGAGGAUCAGCAUGAUUAGGGAAGAGGAAAACAAUGCAUCUGGGAGUAUGUGAGGGCACAUUUGGGUGCAAAGUCCUGAGCCAGGCACCUCGGGGUGCAGUGUGGGUGAGUUGGGAUCCCUGCUCUGCCACUGGCUUUGUGACCAAAUCUCACAUACAUAGUCUCACUGGGUCUACCAGUCUCUGCAAGACAAAGAGGCUGCCAGACACAGUUCAGACGGUUAUUCUAGGAACCACAUGAUUUAACACAUGGAGAAUACUUAGAACAUGGUGCCACAUGGGAAGCAGUCAGUAAAUAAAUAUAUGCUGUCCUUAUUCCUGCUGUUGUUGUUCUGGAUUUGGGAGGGGUCCUAUUCUUUAAGAGCAGUGUUCUCCAACUGGGGCAGUAUGACCCCCAAGGGACAUUUAGCAAUGUCUGGAGACACUUUGAAUUGCUGCAGCUGGAUGUGGGUGGUACUGGUGAUUGGGGGCCAGGAAUGACCGUCCUGUAGUACACAGAACAGCCCCACACACUUAUUGUACCUGAAAUGUCAUUUCCAAGGUUGAGAAACUUUAAGAGGAGUGUCACAGUGUGGGGCACAAAGGAAGAAAACAGGCUUUGAUACUUGAGGCUAAUCAGUUUUACAGUCUGUCUGCCCCAUUAUCUUACAUAUAGUAUGUCUUACAGAAAGAAUUAUACAUUUUGAUUAGUCCACAAACAAUAGUAAUUUCCCUUAGAAGGUCCUUGUUAUUAGGAAAUACAUGCUGAAGUAUUUAAAGAUGAAAUGUUAUAUCUACAUUUUACUUUCAAGUAUUUCAGCAACAGAAAACUAUGUGUAUAUAUAGACAAAGAUAAGCAAAUGUGGCCAAAUGUUAACAGUUAGUGAAUCUAGGUGAUUUGAGUAUUAAUUUAAACUAUCCUAUAGGUUUGAAGUUUUUCAAAAUAAUAAUUGGGGUAGGGCAAAGUGUUACCUUCCUUGCCAGUGUUCAGAGAGUAUAUGUGGCAGGAGGUCCUUAGGUACUAAUGAGGGGAAGUACUGAGCCAGAACAGUGCCUGUGUCAGUUAAGAUUUGUAAUGCCUUAGCCUUAUGAUCUUUAUUUCUCUUUAAGCUGAACUGACUUGAUUUUUCACUACUUCUGGGCAAUAUUUUUUUCUUUUAAAAACAUGCAGUUAUUUAACAGUGGGUAUCCUCGGGGAGUGUGUGAGGGGACUAAGAUUAUGGAAGAUUUUUAUUUCUUUUUUGUACAUUUUCUAAAUGUUCUGUAAUAAAUAUAAGCUUUAUAAACAAAUUUUUUGAAAUAAAAACUUCUUUGCUCUUACACAAAAGGAAAGAUUUUUGUUGAAACUGUUUAAUUUUACAUAGCUAGUCAUUUUUGCUGCAUCAAACCUAAUUGGAUUUAUUAGCACAGAAAAACGAUAGUGAUUUUGGCUUGCCUGCAUCUCCUCAGCAAAGAAUGAGGAAGAAAACAGAUCUUUUAUGCCAUUGAGAGGGAGAAGUAGAUGAUUUGUUCAUCAUCUUAUCCCUUCUACACUUCACAGUCUACUAAGAGAACAUGUCAGUAGUAUAGUUUGUCAAGUAAGCGAAUCUUGUAAUGUUUUCAUAGUGUGACUCACUAAAGCAUAAAUCUCAGUGGGGUCACACAUUGAAAUGGAGACUGCUGCAUGUUUCUCUUAAAAUAUUUUUCUAAUUUCAUAUUUUCAUUAGUGUGAUUGAAAUCUGAAACUGAUGUCAAUAAAAAGACUUUGUUCACCUGAGUCACUAGAGACAUGGUUGGUAUUUACACACUUUUUAUGAAAGUUGAAAUUCUUUAGCUGUUUGGUUACUUUUCCACUUUACAAGAAAUUGUUAAUGGUUACAGGCACAAAAGCACUAUAGAUUAAACUACUCUGUUGGUUUGGAUGGCAAAUUAGAAAUAUGACACAAAAUAAUUACCAGCAUGUGAGAGGGGUUGCAUAUAGUUUUGCGUAUGUUAUGGGUGAGAUGAUUUAUGAGAGCUCAUUUUUCUAACCUAUACCAUGCUGUUUUUCCUAAAUUUUAUUUUGGUUUCUGAUCUCAGCAGGGAAUCACCAUAAUUAAACAAGUCCUUUGGCAUCUGAAGAGAUUCUUUUGUGAUUAUUUUGUAUCAGAGUAAAAAGGCAUGUGAGAAAAGUGGGAAAUAGAAAUUCAGCUGUGACCAGGAGCAGGUACAGGAGGUGGGGAGAACACACAGCUCUUCCCUUUCCUCAUAACAAAACUGGUGGUUUAUAUCAGUUAACUGAAUAAACCAAGAUCAAUUUGGGGGCCAAGAGUUUUUCUGGUACUCACUCAAUUGAGUCAGCAUUGGUGAUGCUGUAAUCAUGGCCCAGUCAUAAACCAGAUGGAGUUGGAUGCCAGCAGGAACUGCUGUGAAGUCAAAUGCCAAGGGGCGGUUGAACAGACAGGAUGUAAAAUUACUUGUUACUGUCAUAGUAUUUUCCAGAUUUGUAGUCUCAAGGUGAAGCAUUUUACUUAGUCAUUAUUGCUUUUACUUUUGGUAUGGUUCAUUUCAAACUGCAGUCACUAAAAUUCCCAGUGACUUAACUGUUCAAACUCCAGAGGACACUUUUUGUCUUCACCCUGAUUGAUUGCAGUUUUCUGUUAGCUUAUAUGAUACACAUUCUUUCGGUUCAGUCACAUCUGGCCCACAACUUCCUCCCUAAGUACUUCAUUAUCUUGAUAUCCUUUUGCAUUCCUCUUAAAUACUAAUCAUUAGAAUUUGAUACUCAGCCUUUUAUUUUACUCAUUCUUCCUAGGCAGUUUCAUCCAUUACCACCUGUUUGCUAUUGGCUGUUAAAUCUAACUACAGCCUAAAUUUCUUACAAACUCCGUACAUACUUCAGCUGCCUAUUGACUUUCUCUACUUGAACGUCCCAUGGGCAUUCUAAUAGUAUCAUCUGCCUUCUACUGAUUUUCAUCUCUUCCUGUGUUUUCAAUCUUGUGUAAUAGUAUCUCCUUUUCCUUAGGCACCCAAACCAGAAUCUUGGGAUAUAGCCUCACCUCUCAUAUUCAAGCACUUACUUACUAAAUCCUAUCAGUUCUUUCUCUCUCAUACUUGGUGUCAGUCCUUCCAAACUUUAUUUAACACUAUUAAAGUUUUAGAAGAAACUUUAGUAUACCAAAAGUGAGAAAUUGUUGCCACGAGGAAAGCACAUGAUUGACCCAAAGCCAGCCUCACAGUUAAGGUCUAGGACUUAACUUUUCAGGUCUUGACACUGACCUUCCCAUUAGUUCACUGAGAGAUGAUCAGAUUCUCAUUGGAUGACACUGUGUAAAUUCACAGAAGAUAAGUGUAUAAAACCAGAAUGUCAGUUCAUUUAUCUUUAAUGAGUGUUAGGUUAUUAGAGUUAAAUCUGAAAGAAGGAUGAGGUUCAUUAGAUUUGAAAGCUUGUGACCCCUAUGUAGGAACCUCCUCCUUGGUAUGUCAGGCAGCUAAACAACUAAAUCUGAACAGGGUUUAGUUCAGUCACUGAGAAUUUGAUGAUGACAAUGGGAGGUGGAUGUUUUAGACAAUGAGCUCAUUCAGGUAGAAUGUGACUAGAAUAAUUUAUAUCUUCCAAUGGUUGAACUUUUCUCUCCCUGGACAUUGUUACAUUGCCAAAAUUUCUCUUAACCCAGUAUUCCUAUAAUGGCCAGUUGAUACAUUGUUUUAAGUAUUGAUUUUAUUUAUUAAGCUUCAAUCUUAGAGCUCUUCUCAGUUAUGAGGAACAUUGUUUUCCUUGAAGGAUUUAAUUAGUUCAACUCAGAGGGAAGUCUUUUUUUUUUUAGAUAUAAUUGACAUAUAGAUUAUAUUUAACGUGUACAGCAAGAAUUCAAUAUUUGUGUAUUCUGUGAAAUAAUCACCACAGUGAGUCUAGUUAACGGCAAUCACAGUUUGUAAUAUUACAAAACUUUUUUUCUUGUGAUGAGAACCCUGAGGAUCUACUCUCUUAGCAACAUUCAAAUAUACAAUAUAGUAGUCACCAUGCUAUACAUUACCUCCCCUAUACUUACUUACCUUAUGACUGGAAGUUUGGUGCCUUUCGACAACCCUUCACCCCUGGCUUCUGGCUACUCCAGUAUGUUCUCUGUAUCUAGGAGUCCAGUUUUUGGUUUUUGGCCUUUUCAAACUUUAUACAUAUGAGAUCAUAAAGUACUUGUUUUUCUCUGACUUAUUUCACUUAGUAUAAUGCACUCAAGGUCCAUCCAUGUUCUCCAAUAGCAAGAUUUCUUUUUUUAUGGCUGAGUAAUAUUCUGUUGUGUACAUAUAACACAUUUUUAUAUCCAUUCAUCCAUUGAUGGAUACUUAGGUUGCUUCCAUGUCUUAACUAUUGUAAAUAAUACUGCAGUGGACCUGGGGGUGCAGGUGUGUCUUUUGAGUUAGUAUUUUUGUUUACUUCAGAUAAACACCCAAAAGUGGAAUUGCUGGAUCAUAUGGUAGUUUUAUUUUUAAUUUUUUGAGGAACCCCCAUACUGUUUAUUUCAUAGUGACUAUACCAUUGACAUUCCUGGCCGGUGACCUGGGAGCGAAGGCCUGAAAACUCCAUCUUUUUAAAGUGGCCAGGGCCUGAGAAUCCCAAUGGAUUUAUACUAAUGUAUGAAAUAAAAUAUGGAUCACAAGUUGAGGAUCAGCAGGAAUUUGUGUCCAGACAGGAGUACAGGAAGUAUGGAGGGGCCAAGCUUAACCAGCUCAACCCAGGGAACUAUAUGGUCCGGAUCCAGGCCACCUCUCUCUCUGGGAAUGGGUCAUGGACAGACCCUGUGUUCUACGUCCCGGCCAAAAUAACGUAUGAAAAUUUCAUCCAUCUGAUCAUUGCUCUGCUGGUUGCCAUCCUGUUCAUAGUAGGAGGGUUGGUUAUAAUGUGCGUCUUCCACAGAAAAAGAAAUAGCAGCAGGCUGGGGAAUGGAGUGCUGUAUGCUUCUGUGAACCCGAAGUACUUCAGCACGGCCGACGUGUAUGUUCCCGACAAGUGAGAGGUCGCCCGGAAAAAGAUCACCAUGAGCCGUGAGCUGGGGCAGGGCUCCUUUAGGAUGUUAUACGAAGCAGUUGCCAAGGGCAUGGUCAAAGACGAGUCCGAAACCAGGUUGGCCAUUAAAAUGGUGAACGAGGCUGCGAGCAUGUGCGAGAGGAUUGAGUUCCUCAAUGAGGCUUCGGUGACGAAGGAGUUCAACUGUCACCAUGUGGUGCAGUUGCUGGGCAUGGUGUCCCAGGACCAGCCUACCCUUGUCAUCAUGGAACUGAUGAUGCAGGGGGAUCUCAAAAGUCACCUCAGGUCUCUGAGGCCAGAAAUGGAGAAUAACCCAGCCAUAGCACCUCCAAGCCUGAGCAAGAUGAUCCAGAAGGCUGGAGAGAUUGCAGAUGGCAUGGCAUGCCUCAACGCCAACAAGUUUGUCCACAGAGACCUCGCUGCCUGGAACUGCAUGGUAGCUGAAGAUUUCACAGUCAAAAUUGGAGACUUUAGUAUGACGAGAGACAUCUAUGAGACAGACUAUUACUGCAAAGGAGGAAAAGGGCUGCUGCCUGUGCGCUGUAUGUCCCCCGAGUCCCUCAAGGAUGGAGUCUUCACUCAUUCUGACGUCUGCUGUUCGCUGAGUGGCAAGGAACCCUUGAGACAGAACACCAGGAGCCUGGACAUUGCCAGAAAACUUCACCUCUCUCUGCUUCUCCCCUGCCUGCCUUCUGUCAUUUGAUCAUUCAUAAUAAAUAGAUAUUAUGUGGAAAAAAAAAUUGCCACCAGAAGCACACAACUGUUCCUUUUUCUUCACAUCCUCGCCAGCACUUGCUAUUUCUUACCUUUCUAUAUUAGUCAUACUAACAGGUAUGAGGUGAUACUUAACUGUGAUUUUGAUUUGCAUUUCCCUGAUGAUUAGUGAUGUUGAACACCUUUUCAUGUUCAUCUGUUGGCCAUCUGUAUGUGUUUUAGAAAAUGUCUAUUCAGAUCCUUUG